UUUACUUCCGGGCCAACGUGUUUUGUGAUAACUGUUCGAGAUUGCGUUGCCCAUUGUAAAUAAAACCCGGAAAAUAAAAACAUUGAUGUAGAGAAAUUCAUUACGCGUCUUGUUCAUGUAUCAACAUGGGGACAACAUUUAGCCUUUCGACAUUAUUCAGAAAAAAAGACAUUAGAAUUCUAAUGCACGGCCUUGAUGCUGCUGGUAAGACAACAAUACUGUACCAACUAAAACUUGGAGAAGUUGUCACCACUAUUCCCACAAUAGGGUUUAACGUUGAGACGGUGCAGUACAAAAACGUCAACUUCACUGCAUGGGACGUAGGCGGUCGUGACAAAAUACGUCCUCUUUGGCGACACUAUUACCAGAACACGCAGGCAGUGAUCUUUGUGGUGGACAGCAAUGACCGCGAGAGACUCGAUGACGUUGCAUCUGAGAUAGAAAUCCUAUUUUCUGAGGACGAACUCAACGAUGCUGUUAUCGUGGUCGUCUGUAACAAGCAAGAUCUUCCCGGCGCCAUGACAGUCACGGAAAUAGCCGAAUCCAUCCGUUUGAACAAAUUAGCCAAAAAUCACGCCACUGCUAUAUUUGGAUGUUCCGCGUUGAAUGGCGACGGUCUUUACGAACCCUUGGACUGGCUUGUUCAAAUGUUAGCCAAAAAACAAAUAACCAAGAUGGUGAAAACACCAAGAAAGACAUUGCCACAGGGAUCGUCUGCAGAAAAGGAAAAAGAAGUUUGGUCCGUGACGUCAUUCCUCAAAGGACGUAUUGGAACAGUGAAGACAUAUCUGGGAUUUUAGUUCAGGGCUAAUAAACAUUUGAUUUUGACGUCAUAAGAAAAAAUCGUAUUGACUUAAAUUCAGAACGCAUACCAUCAUAUGGAUACACACAUAAUAUAAGGGCCGAAUUUACGAAGCCUGGUUAUUUGUGGGUUUUUUUUAAACGCAGGUGUUUAAGUAUUGUAAAUGUAUGUAGUUACAUACGUGUAAGACAGGUGUUUAAGUAUUGUAAAUGUAUGUAGUUACAUACGUGUAAGACAUAAACAGACUUUGUCAAUUCGGCCAUAAAUAUGCAUGAAAAGUGGGUUGUUUAUAAGCAGUGAAAUUAUGGUUUGAUAUAUCAAAUCUGUUUACACAA